AUGGCGUCGUGGCGGGACCUGCUUUUCUCUCAGCUCGGCCCCGUCUGCCGCGGCGGCAGAGACUGGCCGCGGGGAGGCUUGCGGCACCCGCGCCGCCGCGACCGGGCCGAGGGCAGCCGCGAAACCACGGCAUCCGCGCCGCAUGAGACACCCAAAUCUUGGAUAGAAGAAGUCUUCAGUAAAAGAGAAUGUGCAACCAUUGUUCCCUGUUUGAAAGACCCUCACAGAUGUCUUGCAGGAUGCCAGGUGUGCCAGAAUUUAAUCAGAUGUUGCUGUGGAAGGCUGAUUGGAGAUCACCCAGGAGUAGACUGCAGCUGGCCUGUUUGUCAGACUGCUCUACAGAGAGAUGAAGAAUGGUCUGUGCAAAAACACACUAAGACAAGCCCAACAGAUGCAUUUGGUACAAUCAAUUUUCAAGAUGGAGAUCACACAUACCAUGCAAAGUACAUUAGACUCUCUUAUGAUAGCAAUUUGGAUCAACUCUUGCACCUGAUGAUUAAUGAAUGGCAGAUGGAGUUGCCAAAGCUAGUCAUCUCUGUUCAUGGAGGCACUGAAAAUUUCAAACUUCCCUCAAAGGUCAAGCAGGUUUUCAGUAAAGGAUUGGUGAAGGCUGCUGAGACUACAGGAGCAUGGAUCAUUACUGAAGGCAUCAACAGCGGAGUGUCCAGACAUGUGGGGAAUGCACUGAAAGGACGUGCCUCACCAUACCUGAGAAAGAUCUGUGCUGUUGGGAUCCCCCCAUGGGGUAUCAUUGAGAACCAGAGGGAUCUCAUUGGGAAAGAUGUAGUUUGCCUGUACCAAACUCUUGGAAAUCCCCUCAGCAAACUAAGUACCCUCAACAGCAUGCAUUCUCAUUUUCUAAUGGCAGAUGAUGGGACAGUAGGCAAGUGUGGGAAUGAAAUGGUGCUCAGGAGGAAUCUGGAGAAGUAUUUGUCACAUCAAAAAAUACACACAAGAAUGGGCCAAGGUGUACCCGUAGUUGGGUUGGUGGUGGAAGGAGAUGCCAAUGUGAUUCCAAUGGUGUGGGAGUAUGUAAGGACCAGCCCACCUGUCCCUGUGGUGGUCUAUGAGGGCACUGGCAGAGCUGCUGAUAUUCUGGCUUUCACCCACAAACAUACGGGUGAUACAGGGGAGCUGCGCCCUCAAGUGAAGCAGGAGGUUUUAGUAAUGAUUCAAAACAUGUUUAGUUUGGGACAGAAACAGUCCAGUCAUCUAUUUCACAUUUUGAUGGAAUGCAUGGAGCACAGAAAGUCUAUAACUAUACUUGAUGUGGAGUCUGAAGAACAUCAAGACAUUGAUUUGUCAAUUCUAACUGCACUCCUGAAAGGUACAAAUAUGUCUGCAUCAGAUCAGCUGAAUUUGGCAUUGGCUUGGAACCAGCUAGAUAUUGCCAAGAAACAUAUACUGGUUUAUGGACAACACUGGAAGGUUGGUGCAUUGGAACAAGCAAUGCUGGAUGCUUUAGUGAUGGACCGUGUGGAUUUUGUAAAGCUGUUAAUAGAGCAUGGAGUGAACAUGCACCGUUUUCUUACCAUAUCUCGUCUGGAUGAGCUCUACAAUACAAAACAAGGACCAUCCAAUUUACUUUUGCAGCACCUUAUUCGAGAUGUGAAACAGGGCACACUUCCCUCAGAUAAUAGGAUAUCCUUGAUUGAUGUUGGGUUGGUGAUAGAGUAUCUCCUUGGGGAAGCUUAUCGAAGCAGCUACACAAGGAAACACUUCCGAGUUCUGUACAAUAAUCUCUGCAGAAAGCACAAGAGAGUGCUCUCCAGCUUUUCGCAGAACCUGUCUCAUUCCCUUCAUCAGAGCAAUCAGAUGGGUAGCAGAAUGGGAUCUCCUGAAAAUACCUUGCAUUCUCAGUUCUUCAGAACAGCACAACCUUACAAAUGCAAGGAAAAAUCAACUGCUUUCCAUAAGUCUAAGAAGAAAUUAAAAGAGAAUAUAAAAUUUGCAGAAAACUAUGAGUCAUCUGGUUUUAUCUACCCCUAUAAUGACCUCCUGGUUUGGGCAGUUUUAAUGAGAAGACAGAAGAUGGCAAUGUUCUUCUGGCAGCACGGAGAGGAAGCCAUGGUCAAAGCGGUUGUGGCUUGUAAACUCUACAGGGCAAUGGCACAUGAAGCUAAACAGAGCAACAUGAUGGAUGACACUUCAGAAGAACUUAAGAAGUACUCAAAGGAAUUUGGGCAGCUCGCUUUAGAUAUAUUGGAGAAAGCAUUCAAACAAAAUGAACAAAUGGCCAUGAAGUUGCUGACCUAUGAGCUGAAAAACUGGAGCAACUCAACAUGCUUAAAACUGGCAGUGUCUGUGGGCCUUCGGCCUUUUGUGUCUCAUACUUGUACACAGAUGCUGCUGACUGAUAUGUGGAUGGGACGUCUGAAGAUGCGGAAGAACUCCUGGUUUAAGGUCAUUAUAAGUAUUCUCCUGCCUCCCACUAUCUUGAUGCUGGAGUUUAAAAGCAAGGCUGAAAUGUCUCACGUGCCUCAGUCUCAAGACUUCCAUCAGUUCACAUGCUACCAUGGUGAUCAGAGCCCAGCCAGCACUAAAGAUGUCCUGUCUCUGAAAGAUUGUGAUGUGGAGAAGGUAGCUCAGACGUCUGAUGAAAGUCAAGUAGACGACGCACAAGGAAACCUGACUGGCACUAGAAAAAUCUAUGAGUUCUACAAUGCACCGAUUGUCAAAUUCUGGUUUCACACGAUGGCAUACAUGGCCUUUCUCGUGCUCUUUACUUACACUGUGUUGGUGAAGAUGGAACCAAGACCAAGUGUGCAGGAGUGGCUUGUUAUUAUUUAUGUUUUCAGCACUGCCAUUGAAAAAAUCAGAGAGGUGUUUAUCUCAGAACCUGGAAAAUUCCGCCAGAAAGUGAAGGUGUGGAUUUAUGAAUACUGGAAUUUUACUGAUUCGUUAGCUAUCAUCCUGUUUAUGAUUGGUUUUGGCUUGCGCUGGUCUGAGUCCCCUGUUCAAACAGUAGGGCGGCUACUUUACUGCUUGGAUAUAAUAUUUUGGUAUGCCCGGCUCCUUGAUCUUUUUGCUGUGAAUCAGCAUGCUGGCCCAUAUCUGACAAUGAUUGGGAAAAUGACAGCAAACAUGUUCUAUAUUGUGAUUAUGAUGGCCAUAGUUCUGCUGAGUUUUGGCGUCUCACGAAAGGCAAUCCUUUCACCAGAAGAACUUCCUUCUUGGUCUCUGGCACGAGAUAUUAUAUUUCAGCCCUACUGGAUGAUGUUUGGUGAGGUCUAUGCUGCAGAAAUAGAUGUCUGUGAAACCAAUGAAGACUGUCCUCCUGGCUCCUUCCUCACACCAUUCCUCCAAGCUGUCUAUCUCUUUGUGCAGUACAUCAUCAUGGUCAACUUACUCAUUGCUUUCUUUAAUAAUGUUUAUUAUGAUUUGAAAUCCAUAUCGAACAAGCUCUGGAAGUACAACCGGUACCGCUACAUUAUGACCUAUCAUGAGAAGCCGUGGCUGCCUCCACCUUUCAUUCUCCUGAGCUACAUUGGACUUCUGAUAAACCGCAUCUUCCGCCAUCAACCCUCAAAUGAGUCUGAUCAAGAGGAAGGUGACGUUGGACUGAAGCUGUACCUGAGUGAUGACGAGUUGAAGAAACUCCAUGACUUUGAGGAACAAUGUGUGGAAAAAUAUUUUCAUGAGAAGAAUGAAAGCUUGAGUUCCAGUGACAGCGAAAGGAUCCGUGUGACGACAGAUAAGGUGGAGGAGAUGUUUCUGCAAUUGAAAGAGGUGUAUGAGAAGGUAUUUUAUAUCAAGGAAUCUUUGCUUUCCUUGGACAGCCAGCUGGGACAUUUGCAAGACCUAUCUGCUUUGACAGUGGACAUCCUGAAAGUGCUUUCAGCUGUAGACACACUGCAGGUGGAAGAAGCCUUACUGGCUGACAAAAAACAUAGACCCUGUAGAAAGCUGCCCCACAGUUGGAACAAUGUACUCUAUUCCAAGACCCUGAGCAGUCUAGAAUGUUUGUAUGACAAGAAGUAUCACUACUACAGCAUGCCGCCCUCACUCUUAGGGAGCUUGGUGAGGAGUCAGCAGCCAUCAAAAUGUACAGACCACAUACUGAGGACUGAGAGUGACAAGCUGGUAGAAGGUAGUUCUCAUAAGAUAGAAAGUGAUAACACACUUACUUCAGGUGUGUCCUCUGAGUCUAAGUCAUCCCCCAGAUAUGGACAAUUUUUGCUAGUUCCUCCUGAUCACCAGCGGGCACCUUUCUCUGACACCAUCACCUUAAACUUGUCCUUUUCGAGCACUCCUACCAAGUACAGGGAAGACAUAUUCAAUGAUGGACUGCAAAGCAGCAUUGCUGUGCAGCAAAACUUGCAGAGCAUCAGCCUUGUUGAAAAAGAGCCAGAAAAUUAUCAAUGGAAUCAGAGAGACUUUAUUAUUCACCUGCCUUCAAAAAAGACUAAUGCCACAGAUGCUGAUCAUUCUCUCAGUCUCCAGACAUCGCUUGAAGUAAGAGAAAAUGCAGCACCCUACUGUGAUGACAGGGAAGAAACCGAAGGUGGUUAUGUGAACUGGGGAUUCUCUGAAGAGUCUUUACCAUCUUGUGAGCUACACCACAGUGAAGAAACAAAAGCAAAACAACAAAACAGAGACAGAAAGUCUGGGAGAGAAAAGAAGGAUCAAAAACCCCUUCAGGUGCCGGUGAUUCGAGUGGAUGGUUGUUCCCUGAACACCCAAGUGAGCUCAGAGCCUACAGAGAUUGGUCUCUGGGAUGGGGAAGAAAAACACAGGAAGAACUGGCUCACUGUGUCUAAUUUCAGUCAGCUAAGUUUGGAAUAUCUCAGUUACAUGCACCAGAAAAUGAAAAAUCAAGACAUCCACAGGCAUACCAUACAAUUCUGUGAUUACCUGAGGAAUUCUCGGGAGGAUUUGAGUAACAGCAUGUCUGGAAGCAUCCACAGAAGUAAUCUGAGCAGGAACUCCUCGUUGAGAGCUGCAGAAAGAACUGACAAUAUGUUUGGAUGCUUGAAAACAGCUCCAGAUCUGCAGUGUCAUUACUCAGCUGUCGAAAGAAACAACUUAAUGAGACUUGCUCAGACCAUACCAUUUACACCAGUCCAGCUCUUCGCUGGAGAGGAAGUGACUGUGUAUCGACUAGAAGAAAGUUCACCUAUGAACCUUAGUAAAAGCACGUCUUCUUGGUCCCGGCGUGGUAUGGCUGCAAUGAUCCAAGUCUUGUCACAAGAGGAGAUGGAUGGGGGUCUGCGGAGGGCCAUGAAGGUCAUUUGUACUUGGUCUGAGAAUGAUGUGUUAAAGUUGGGACAAGUAUUUAUUGUGAAGUCUUUUUUGCCAGAGGUGGUUCAGACUUGGCAAAAGAUCUUUCACGAUGGUACAGUGUUACAUCUCUGCCUGAGGGAGAUCCAACAGCAAAGGGCUGCCCAAAAGUUAAUCUAUACCUUCAAUCAAGUGAAGCCUCAUACUAUUCCCUAUACUCCAAGGUUCCUGGAAGUUUUUCUCAUUUACUGCCAUUCUGCAAACCAGUGGCUGACCAUUGAGAAGUACAUGACUGGUGAAUUUCGGAAAUACAAUAACAACAACGGAGAUGAGAUUACACCUAGCAGCUUGCUUGAAGAACUGAUGCUGGCCUUUUCUCACUGGACCUAUGUGUAUACUCAUGGGGAGCUCCUUGUCCUGGAUAUGCAAGGUGUUGGAGAAAACCUUACAGAUCCAUCUGUGAUUAAACCUGAAGACAAAAAGUCUGGAAAGAUGGUAUUUGGACCAGCAAACCUAGGAGAAGAUGCAAUAAGAAAUUUCAUCGCAAAGCAUCAUUGUAACUCUUGCUGCAAGAGGCUGAAACUUCCUGAUUUGAGAAGAAAUGUCUGCACAAUGGAAAGACUCUGUCCAGCCUACAAAAAAGAAAUAGAGACAAGUGCCAGAGGAAUUGAUGAUGAAAACAAGACUGUGGAGUAUGACACACGGCUGUGAAGCAAUGGCUGCAAGCAGAGUUCACUAUUGGAAGCUUGAAAACCUGUUCCUUGUCAUUGCCGUGGGUCAGCUCAAAAGAACAAAACACAGACAUCUGAAUGUAGUGUCUGCUCAUGUAAUGUUCUGCUGAAUGCAGUGUUCUGCUCACUUGACAGAUGCAGUAGGCAAGAAACAGCAAAAAAAAAAUCUUUUUAUUUACUCCCUUCCCAUGGCCUUCUGAUGGUCUGUUUUUACUACUUGUUAAAUUGCCAGGAGCAGGUCACUCAUUAGCUUGCUUAGGAUAAUAACUGGGUUAUUGCUUAGGAUAAGAAGAGAUAUUAGGAUAAUAAGAGA